AGUUUAGGAAGAUUAAUGAUCUAUAAUUGAAUCAGGUGUCAUCUAGAAGAAGAUGGGUUCCCUUUUAAGCCUGGUUCUUCUCAAAGUUUAAUCAUGUCAUCUCGGGGAGUUUUGUCUUGCCACUGUUGUCUCUAGCUUGUGCAUUAGAGAUCUAAAUCUACAUCCAGGUUUCUGUAAUGCUACUUUGUGAAAAUGUUUAUUGUUAAAAGUAAUAUAUAAAUAUCAUUUUUCAGCAGGAUUACAAGGUUGGCCUUAAUAAUUGCUUUCAUUUUAUGGAGGUUUAUUAUUCAUUUAAGGAGGUUUAUUUUAGACACCAAGAUAAGAUAAGGCUCUAAAUACUCCCACUAGAAGACCCGCAUUCAUCUGUAUUUAUUCCAUUACACAAUUUCGUGACUCCAAUCUAAAGUAAUGAUUAUUUUUCUUCAGUGAAGUCUUCAGUCAUUAUCUUCGGGAUUACUCAUUAGAAAGUUUAGGUUAUCCAUCAUGUAGCGUCCUGAACUCCUGCCCUGUCUUCGCUCAUCCAGGGUGCAUGCGCAGUAAGAGGAGGGCGUGGCCUGUCUGUAGGGGCGGGGCAGUUUCGACUGGAGUAUGCAAAGCGAGCAGCGGUCCAUGCAACCGUACGUGUGUUUCAGUUUCAGGACCUUUACACAGCUUUAAUAGUUUACAGUGUAGACUGUGUGUACAUGUAAACUCGGUUCAGUCUGAAACAGGUGUCUGCCUCUGACGUUUCUGUUUUGCUUGUGUGCGUGCGCGUGCGUGCGUGCGUGUGUGCGUGUUAAGCACAAGGCGUGUGUGAAGCUCAGAGCUGCUGCAACGUAGACGCGGUGUAUUGUCAUACACACAAACGGCGACAAGAAGCAGAAGAAUAACGUCUACCAACGGUGCACUUAGAGCCAGUGACUACGAGAUGCAUGCUCUUUAUUGAUGGACAGCAUGGUGAAAGACGAUAUCUUGUUAUAACCUCUGACUCGUAUGACUGCGUGAGUUUUGAGGUGGCUGAUCAGAGGGGGAUGGGGCUGCUAUGGAUGCUGCUGGCCUCCGCUUACUUUGCCUGCUGCUCUGCUAUUCUCAUGGAUUCUGUGGAAAGCCACAGCACAUUCACCUGUGAGCCCAUAGGGCUCCGUAUGUGUCAGGACCUCCCUUACAACACCACUUUCAUGCCCAACCUGCUCAACCACUACGACCAACAGACAGCCGCUCUUGCCAUGGAACUCUUUCACCCCAUGGUGAACCUGCAGUGUUCUCCAGACCUGAGGCCUUUCCUGUGUGCGCUCUACGCCCCCGUGUGUACAGAAUAUGGCCGCAUGUCACUGCCCUGCCGCAGCCUGUGUAUCCACUCGAAGAGAGACUGUCACAAGCUUUUGGAUAUGUUUGGUGUGUCAUGGCCUGAGGAGAUGGAGUGCAACAGGUUCCCAGACUGUGAUGAGCCGUAUCCUCGUGCUGUAGACAUGCUGACCACUAUGAACGCCUCUGAUGAGUUGCCCAUGACAGUGCAGCGAGACUAUGGUUUCUGGUGUCCUCAUGAGUUGAAGAUUGAGCCUGAGCUGGGUUACACAUUCCUCGGUGUGCGUGACUGCUCCCCUCCCUGCCCCAACAUGUACUUCAGACAAGAAGAGCUCACCUUCGCCCGCUACUUUAUCGGCGUCAUCUCCAUCGUCUGCUUGUCCGCCACACUGUUCACGUUCCUUACAUUUCUUAUUGAUGUCACACGCUUCCGCUACCCAGAGCGGCCCAUCAUCUUCUACGCCGUGUGCUACAUGAUGGUGUCACUGGUCUUUUUCCUGGGCUUUUUGCUGGAGGAGCGUGUGGCAUGUAAUGCAGCUAGCCCAGCCCAGUUCAAAGCCUCCACAGUGACUCAGGGCUCCCAUAACAAAGCUUGUACUUUGCUCUUCAUGGUGCUCUACUUCUUCACCAUGGCCGGAAGCGUGUGGUGGGUGAUCCUCACAAUCACCUGGUUCCUGGCUGCUGUGCCCAAGUGGGGCAGUGAAGCCAUUGAAAAGAAAGCCCUGCUGUUCCAUGCCACUGCUUGGGGUGUACCUGGUGUGCUGACUGUAGCACUGCUGGCCAUGAAUAAGAUUGAGGGUGAUAAUAUCAGCGGCGUAUGCUUUGUGGGAUUGUACGAUGUGCACACUCUGCGCUGGUUCGUGCUGGCUCCGCUGUGCCUGGAUGUUCUGGUUGGCGUGUCUCUGCUCCUUGCUGGAAUUGUGGCCCUAAACCGGAUCCGCAUGGAGAUCCCUCUGGAGAAGGAGAACCAGGACAAGUUGGUGAAGUUCAUGAUCCGUAUUGGCGUGUUCUCUGUUCUUUACCUGGUGCCACUGCUGACGGUGUUGGGCUGUUACCUGUAUGAACAGGCAUACCGUCCAGUGUGGGAGACCACCUGGGUACAGGAUCGCUGCCGAGAGUAUCACAUCCCCUGCCCUUAUCAGGUGGCUCAGACAAGCAAGCCUGACCUGGUUCUGUUCAUUAUGAAGUACCUGAUGGUGUUGGUUGUCGGCAUCCCAUCUGUGUUCUGGGUGGGCAGUAAGAAGACCUGCUUCGAGUGGGCCAGCUUUCUUCAUGGCCGCAGACGCAAAGACAGUGCGGUGAAUGACAGCCGUCAGGUACUGCAGGAGCCUGACUUUGCUCAGGCUCUGUUACGUGACCCCAAUACGCCCGUCAUCCGCAAGUCACGUGGCACGUCCACACAGGGCACGUCCACCCAUGCCUCCUCCACUCACCUGGCCAUGUUAGAUGAUGUGCGCAGCAAAGCAAGCAGUGUCCACAGCAAGAUGAGCAGUUACCACGGCAGCCUGCACCGCUCACGUGACGGCAGGUACACUCCCACCAGCCACAGAGGCAUAGAGGAACGCCCGCCCUAUGGGAGCAUGCCCCGCCUUAACGAGCAGCUAUCGCGUCACAGCAGCCUACAACGACUCGACAGCCAAUCACGGCACAGCAGCAUGCGGGACUUAAGCCAUCCUCCACCCACCAACAUAACACACGGCUCCAGCAUGAACCGUGUGGUGGAGGAAGACGGCCUGAGCGCGUAAUUACUAGAGUCGUUCAGUUUACACACACUGCCCUCAGUGUGUCAGAAAGAGAGAGAGUCGUUGCUCUUCAGAUACAGAAGGUGCUAAUGUGAAAAUUGCACUCAAAAUAGUACAUAGUUUGGGUAUUUUACAUGCACAGAAGAACCUUUGGGGGAACGUGUGCCUGUCCAACACUGCCUGUGGUACACCAUACACCCUUGUAAGACCGGUUUCUUUCAUACUGUGAAGUUCAGGGUGAGUGAUGGGGCAAGUGAGUAAAGUACAUUACUCAUUACUCUGACCCCUGCUGAGGGACUGCAGACAUGUUUCGCACAGUUAAUGCAGUUUUUAAAUAAAUAAAUAAAUAAAUAAAUAAAUAAGGGCAAGCAGCAUGCAGCUGUGCACAGUCUUACAGACACAGUGUCUUACUUGCUGACUUGCAGCUUUUUCUCGUGUGAUCAUCUCCACGGCUCUAGGCAGCACUCAGUGAGGAUCUUUACAUCUUAACCUUCAUGUUCAAGCACUCAAAGCCAAGCGUAAAGAUGAAGGGGAAAUUAAGACAA